CGCUGGAUUGACAACUGCCGAAUCAGGCGCGCAGCAGAGAGGAGGGUGCGGCAUCCGGGAUCUGGCGCGGCCUUUGCUUGUAGCUCCAGCCAGAGCUCGGUUAGGGCCUCAUCGCUCUGCUCCCGCUCCUUAGGGAAGCCUCGGUGAUUCUGCCACAGCCUCAGCCUCUGUGGCUCUGUGACCUGCCGGUAUUGGAUGAUUCGUAUCUAAGACUCUGGGACACUCCUGAAGUCGGGAAAUGACAGAGUCUUCGCUGUGUCGCCAGGCCGGAGUGCAGUAGUGUGAUCUCGGCUCACCGCAUUCUCCACCUCCCAGGUUCAAGCGAUUCACCUGCUCAGCCUCCUGAGUAGCUGGGAUUACAGGCGCGCCACCACACUCAGCUAAUUUUUUUGUAUUUUUAGUAGAGACGGGGUUUUCGCCAUGUUGGCCAGGAUGGUCUCCAUCUUCUGACCUCAUGAUCCACCGGCCUCGGCCUCCCAAAGUGCUGGGAUUAUAGGCGUGAGCCACCGCGCCUGGCUGAAAAUUUUUCUUUUAGUCAUAUUUUCCAUGCACUGUUUAGAAGUACCGGACGUUAUAUACAAAGUGCCCACCAGGCUUCACUUGAGAGAAAAACCUUUCUUCUCAGGAUUCCAGCCACAACCCACAAUUGUAUGACAAAGUGCAGCAAGGUGCUCCCCAAAUCUGCAAACAAAAUAGUCUAUUUGGGAUCUACAGUCCCUUCUAGAGCAGUUAGACUAGAUUUCUACAAAGAUCACUUCAGGACAGCAAUCAGUUAUUUCACCUCCUUCAGUGCUCCUGUCAUCUUCAGAUCUGACACGGAUUCAGAGAUCACGGGGCCCAUAAACCCAACCAGGAUCAUACAUGUGCAUUGAUUAAACUUGAGAACUUCAAUUCUCUCCCUCCUCCCUUUGCCCAAAUGCCCACAAAUGUGCAUAGCUCACCAGCCCUCCAAGACCUAAAUGUGCAGUUCCAAAUUCUGAAUUUAUUUUCUGGGAUUUGAGAGAAGAAAAGAACUUUUAUUUGAGAAACACAUGUUCUUUUAAUGAUCAGACCCAGAGACUGGUUAAAAUGAGACCACAGUGAUGUACUGUUCCCGUCUUUGAACUAUUUGUCUUUUGAAAUUGCUUGCUAUUGGCACAAGUGGCUAUAAAUUAACCUAAUAAUGCCACACUGGACACUAUAAUCCACACCCAAUAGCUUAACAAUGUAUAUAACCAAUCACUAACCAAUGUUACUUCUGUAAAUAAGAAUUCCUGACAACUUUUUAUCCUGCCUUUUUGCCUUUACAAAUAUACUUGUAAUUGGAGUGUAUAUUCAGGUAGCUUUAUACUCCAGGAUUGCAGUCUUCAAGCUUUGGCCCCAGAAAACUCUCUACUUAUAUUAUGUUUAUCUCAGUAUUUCCUUUUAGGUCAAAAUAUUCUUAAGAAUGUGUUGAAGGAGCCUCCAUGAGGUGAUCUCUCCUCUGGUUUUACUCUGCUUACUCUAACCCCUGAGAAUGUAGAGGCACAUUGAUCCCACCUAGAAUCUGCAUACAAAAGUUGGCCUCUGCCUGGGAUUCCCAACACUGGACCAGACUUUGGGUUGAAGACAUACGAAAAACUCACAGAAGACAUUUUCUGCAUCAUGAGAGGUCAAUGUAGACAUCUUAAGCCCCAUUUUUAGAGUGGAGCCCUUUGAGUUUUCCAGAUCUUGUUCAGUGACCUGCUACAGCUGUGUGAGAGGCUUCUGAUGGGAACAGAAUCCUGUGGCAGAAUCUUUAAGUGUAAACAAGCAUCUUAGCAGUGGGAGGAACUCUUAACAUUCAAGGAUGUGGCCAUAGAAUUCUCUCCAGAAGAGUGGAAAUGUCUGGACACUUCCCAGCAGAAUUUAUAUAGAGAUGUGAUGUUGGAGAACUACAGAAACCUGGUCUCCCUGGGUGUUACUAUCUCUAACCCAGACCUGGUCACCUGUCUGGAGCAAAGAAAAGAGCCCUACAAUUUGAAGAUACAUGAGACAGCAGCCAGACCCCCAGCUGUGUGUUCUCAUUUCACCCAAAACCUUUGGACAGUGCAGGGCAUAGAAGAUUCAUUCCACAAACUUAUACCAAAAGGACAUGAGAAACAUGGACAUGAGAAUUUAAGAAAAACUUGUAAAAGUAUGAAUGAGUGUAAGGUGCAGAAAGGUGGUUAUAAUAGAAUUAACCAAUGCUUAUUAACUACCCAGAGCAAAACAAUUCAAUCUAAUAUAUGUGUCAAAGUUUUUCAUAAAUUUUCAAAUUCAAACAAAGAUAAGAUAAGAUAUACUGGAGAUAAAACCUUUAAAUGUAAAGAAUGUGGCAAAUCAUUUCACGUGCUCUCACGCCUAACUCAACACAAAAGAAUUCAUACUGGAGAGAACCCCUACACAUGUGAAGAAUGUGGCAAAGCCUUUAAUUGGUCCUCAAUUCUUACUAAACAUAAGAGAAUUCAUGCCAGAGAGAAAUUCUACAAGUGUGAAGAAUGUGGUAAAGGCUUUACUCGGUCCUCACACCUUACUAAACAUAAGAGAAUUCAUACUGGAGAGAAACCCUACAUAUGUGAAAAAUGUGGUAAAGCUUUUAACCAAUCCUCAACCCUUAAUUUACAUAAGAGAAUUCAUUCUGCACAAAAAUACUACAAAUGUGAAGAAUGUGGUAAAGCCUUUAAGUGGUCCUCAUCCCUUAAUGAACAUAAGAGAAUUCAUGCUGGAGAGAAACCCUUCUCAUGCGAAGAAUGUGGCAAUGUCUUUACCACAUCCUCAGACUUUGCUAAACAUAAGAGAAUUCAUACAGGAGAGAAACCCUACACAUGUGAAGAAUGUGGAAAAUCCUUUAAUAGGUCCACAACUCUUACGACACAUAAGAGAAUCCAUACUGGAGAGAAACCCUACACAUGUGAAGAAUGUGGAAAAGCCUUUAAUUGGUCCUCAACCCUUAAUGUACACAAGAGAAUUCACUCUGGAAAAAAUCCCUACAAAUGUGAAGAUUGUGGCAAAGCCUUUAAAGUGUUUGCAAACCUGCAUAAUCAUAAGAAAAUUCAUACUGGAGAGAAACCCUACAUAUGUAAACAAUGUGGCAAAGCCUUUAAACAGUCCUCACACUUGAAUAAACAUAAGAAAAUUCACACUGUAGAUAAACCCUACAAAUGUAAAGAAUGCGGGAAAGCUUUUAAGCAGUACUCCAACCUUCCUCAACAUAAGAGAACUCAUACUGGAGGAAAAUUUUAGAAAUGUGAAGAAUGUGGGAGCCUUUAAGUCUUCCUCAGUUUUUCUAAUCAUAAUUCAUACUGGAGAGAAACUACACAUGAAAAAAUUGACAAAGCUUUUAACCGCAACUCAAUCUGUUCUAAACAUAAGAAAAAUGGUAUUGGUGAGAAGCCAUAAAAAUACGAAAAAUGUGGAAAAGCCUUCAAAUGCUUGUCACAUCUUACUGAUUAUAAUUCUUACUGCAGAAAACCCUUAGGAAUAUUUAAAGUGUGGCAAAACCUUUAACCAAUGCUCAUACCUCUUUGCACAUGAUAGCAUUUAUACUUGAGAAAAAUUGUACAAAUAUAGAAAAUGUAGAAAAGCCAUUAAUGCCUACUCAUGUGUUACUAAAUAUCAGAGAGUUUGUACUUAAUAAAAGGAUUAUAAAUGUAGUAUUUGUUGAAAGACCUAUUAGAAAAUACAGGUCUUAAAAGUGAAGAAGAGUAUUCUGAAGAUAGACAAUAGAAAUAGUAAGAGGGUUGUAGUACCUGUACUUGCAUCAUGGGUCUUAUUCUGCAUAGUUCGUACUAGAAGAAAACCCUGAAGCAGUUGCCCAAACUUUCUUUGACAUUAGAGAAUUUAUAUUGGAAAGAAAUUUUACAAAUGUAAUAAAUUUGGAAAAGCAUUUGUUCAAAAACUAUAGCUUAAAAAAAAACCAGUUUAUAUUAGAAGAUAUUUUGUAGAUGCGGUAAAUAUGAAAAGAUACUCAGUCUGAAAUUAAGACUAAAUGUCAGAAUAUUUACAGUAGAAAGAAAGGCAUUAACACUUGAAACAUUACAGUAUAUCAGAGUGUAAAGUAUAAAAAAAUUCCAAAGCUGAAACUGUUAGAUAAUUUCUUUCUAUAUAAGUUGAAAAGGAGUAGCUUUUUGAAAUUAUUCCAUUGAAAUUAUACUUUUUUUACUUGAAAAAAUUAUAGAUUUUUUGAAAAGCAAAUUCAACUCUAAAAUUACUUCAUACUGAUUCAACUUAUUGUUUAUAUGAAAGCAUGUGAUGAAUUGUUGCAUCAGAGGUAUGAGUGAUUCUUUUUAGGUGGGCAUCAUUCAUGAACUUUUACAUGAAUGAGUAAGGACAUUGAAAGAUGCAUGAGAUGAUGCAUGCAUCUUUGUGGUUGACUUAUCAUUGCAUGAUGCAUGAGGUACAUGUUCAGAGUAAUAUUCUUCUGCAUUAUAGUGAGAGAAAAAUCAUGAAUUUUACUAAUAAAUUGCUUUUACCAGUUGCACAUUUAUGUAAUAAAAUACAGUAAAUUUUAAAAUUCUCUUUUAAGAUUGUGUGUGAACCUUACUCAAGGGUGUAGGUAAAAAAUGGUAACAGUGUACUUUUAGUAACAUAGUUUAAUGACAUUUCUAGUAAUUUCUUUUUCCAGUGGCUUUAAACAGCAAAUAAAUUGAAGAAUAUUGUUCUCAUGUUAAAUUUUUAUUAUUUUUCAUAUUUAAAUUUAUUUUUAAAAAUUUAUGCGGGUACAUGGUGUGUGUAUACAUUCAUGGCAUAGAUGGGUUACUUUGAUACAGACAUGCAACAUGUAAGCACAUCAGAGUAAAUGAGUUAUUCAUCACCUCAAGCAUUUAUCCUUUGUAUUACAAACAAUCCAAUUAUACACUUCAUUUUUAAAUGUACAAUUAAAUUAUUUUUUAUUACAGGUAAUUUUAUGAUUGUAUUUAGAAUUAUAUCAGAAUAUAAUUAUAAUUUAGACAUUUCUGUGUCCUGAAUAAAUAUGUUUUUAAAUGUUCCAUAUUUUUCUUUGGACAUUUGGCAUCUCUUCUGGCAAACAUGUACAGACUUCUAGUUUUGAUUUACAUGGAGAUAAGUAUAUAAACAUAUUGCUGUAAGAUAAACCUUAGGUAUAAAAAAAUUGUAGACCAAGCAAUUGUGUUUGGAAAUUUGUACCUAUUUUCCAAAGAAAAUAGCAACAUUGGGACAAAAAAUAUUCUUUUAAUAAUAUAUAUAACUUACUAGAAACAUAAAAACCUAAAAUAUUCUGGAAUCAAAUCUACACUAUAUUCUUUGUAUUUAAUUAAUUGCUGUAGAAUCUAAUGGAUCAUUGUUGAGAAUCUCCUUGUGCAAAUUAUCUGUUUUGUCUUAUACUCAUGCUAGUGAUAUAAUUCACUUGUUUCUCAUAGUUUUUUGUUUUAACUUCAUUAAGUAUUUAUUGUGUGAGCUGGUCAGAAAUUAUAAGAAUGAUUUUUAUAAAAUUUAGUAGAGCCCACAAAAUAAAUUUAAGAUGUUCACAAUGUGUGUGUUAAGUAACAUUUAGUUAGAAUAUUUUGUUUAAUUGGGGAACCAUAUAUAAGCUGUUUAGUUACUGUUCCUUUCACUUUUUAUAAUCAACAUAAUUGAGUUUAUUUAUUGGGCCAAUUCAAGUAAGUACUGGGAACACUUUAUAACUUAUGAGGAUGUUUUGAUAUGUAAUUGCAGUGAACAAACAUAAGAAAGUGAUGGGUGUGUAAUAGCUGCUCCAUAAUUAGGUAUAAAUAUUUUUCUGGAGUUUAUUUGUAGGUCCAAGUAAGAGAUUGAAAAUAUCUGUGGUGAAGAAAUGGUAUUAAUUCUGUAUGUUAAGAGGACAUCUGUUCCCAGGCUGUAAAAGUGACUCAUUCUGAAUUUAAAGAAGAUUUCAGUGUUUAUAUUCUAAUUAUCUUCAGUUUUUUGAUGUCUUUAUGUGUUCAUCCUCAGCUGUGUAUACCUCACAGCCCUUCUCCUGAUUUGUGUUAGUUUUUUCACUGUUCUCUUCAUGCCAUGUAAUUUCACAUGGAUUUUCUAGGUUCUCAUGAAAAGUUUGGAUUUGUUUUAAUGUGGUAAAUUAUUGUUUUUAAGUGGGGUGUUUGAGGGUAUUUAUAGCUUAUCAAUGCAACAUUUAGAUUACUUAAGAGUCAUUUACUGUUCACAUGUAAAAGGAUUAAGGCAGUCAGCAUUGUUUUUCUCUGUAAAAGAAAAAUUUUAUGAAAUUCUAAACAAAGUAUGUUAAAUGAAACAUAAGCUAGAAUAGGUAAAGCAUUAAUAUGAGUGGGUUGCAUAUUGUAAGCAUCAUAUGAAGAAACUCAUCCAAAUUUUGAAAUCUCUUAGAAGAAAAUGUCUUAUAAAUUAAUUUCUAGGCCAGGUACAGUGGCUCACACCUGUAAUCCCAGCACUCUGGGAAGCUGAGGUGGGUGGAUAACCUGAGGUCAGGAGUUCGAGGCCAGCCUGGCCAACAUGGCAAAACCCUGUUUCUACUAAAAAUACAAAAAUUAGCCAGUUGUGAUGGUGGGCGCCUGUAAUCUAAGCUACUUGGGAGGCUGAGGCUGGAGAAUUGCUUGAACCCGGGAGGUGGAGGUUGCAGUGAGCUGAGAUGGCGCCACUGCACUCCAGCCUGGGUGACAGAGCGAGACUCAGUGUCAAAAGAAGGAAAUUUCUUGGAGACAGUGAUAGGUGAGAUAUUUUACAUUCUUUUUUUAUUAUUAUUAUACUUUAAGUUUUAGGGUGCAUGUGCACAACAUGCAGGUUAGUUACAUAUGUAUACAUGUGCACAUGUGCCAUUGUUGGUGUGCUGCACCCAUUACCUUGUCAUUUAAUAUUAGGUAUAUCUCCUAAUGCUAUCCCUCCCCCAACCCCACAGCAGGCCCCAGUGUGUGAUGUUCCCCUUCCUGUGUCCAUGAGUUCUCACUGUUCAAUUCCCACCUAUGAGUGAGAACAUGCAGUGUUUGGUUUUUUGUCCUUGCAAUAGUUUGCUGAGAAUGAUGGUUUCAAGCUUCAUCCAUGUCCCUACAAAGGACAUGAACUCAUCAUUUUUUUAUGGCUGCAUAGUAUUCCAUGGUGUAUAUGUGCCACAUUUUCUUAAUCCAGUCUACAUUGUUGGACAUUUGGGUUGGUUCCAAGUCUUUGCUAUUGUGAAUAGUGCCGCGAUAAACAUAUGUGUGCAUGUGUCUUUAUAGCAGCAUGAUUUAUAAUCCUUCGGGUAUAUACCCAGUAAUGGGAUUGCUGGGUCAAAUGGUAUUUCUAGUUCAAGAUCCCUGAGGAGUCGCCACAUUGACUUCCACAAUGGUUGAACUAGUUUACAGUCCCACCAACAGUGUAAAAGUGUUCCUAUUUCUCCACAUCCUCUCCAGCACCUGUUGUUUUCUGACUUUUUAAUGAUCGCCAUUCUAACUGGUGUGAGGUGGUAUCUUAUUGUGGUUUUGAUUUGCAUUUCUCUGAUGGCCAGUGAUGAUGAGCAUUUUUUCAUGUGUCUUUUGGCUGCAUAAAUGUCUUCUUUUGAGAAGUGUCUUUUUAUAUCCUUCACCCACUUUUUGAUGGGGCUGUUUGUUUUUUUUUCUUGUAAAUUUGUUUGAGUUCUUUGUAGAUUCUGGAUAUUAGCCCUUUGUCAGAUGGGUAGAUUGUAAAAAUUCUCUCCCAUUCUGUAGGUUGCCUGUUCACUCUGAUGGUAGUUUCUUUUGCUGUGCAGAAGCUCUUUAGUUUAAUUAGAUCCCAUUUGUCAAUUUUGGCUUUUGUUGCCAUUGUCUUUGGUGUUUUAGACAUGAAGUGCUUGCCCAUGCCUGUGUCCUGAAUGGUAUUGCCUAGGUUUUCUUCUAGGGUUUUUAUGGUUUUAGGCUAACAUUUAAGUCUUUAAUCCAUCUGGAAUUAAUUUUUGUAUAAGGUGUAAGGAAGGGAUCCAGUUUCAGCUUUCUACAUAUGGCUAGCCAGUUUUCCCAGCACCAUUUAUUAAAUAGGGAAUCCUUUCCCCAUUUCUCGUUUUUGUCAGGUUUGUCAAAGAUCAGGUGGUUGUAGAUAUGUGGCAUUAUUUUUGAGGGCUCUGUUCUGUUCCAUUGGUCUAUAUCUCUGUUUUGGUACCAGUACCAUGCUGUUUUGGUUACUCUAACCUUGUAGUAUACUUCGAAGCCAGGUAGUAUGAUGCCCCCAGCUUUGUUCUUUUGGCUUAGGAUUGCUUUGCAAUGUGUGCUCUUUUUUGGUUCCAUAUGAACUUUAAAGUAGUUUUUUCCAAUUCUGUGAAAAAAGUCAUUGGUAGCUUGAUGGGGAUGGCAUUGAAUCUAUAAAUUACCUUGGGCAGUAUGGCCAUUUUCAUGAUAUUGAUUCUUCCUACCCAUGAGCGUGGAAUGUUCUUCCAUUUGUUUGUAUCCUGUUUUAUUUCAUUGAGCAGUGGUUUGUAGUUCUCCUUGAAGAGGUCCUUCACAUCCCUUGUAAGUUUGAUUCCUAGGUAUUUUAUUCUCUUUGAAGCAAUUGUGAAUGGGAGUUCACUCAUGAUUUGGCUCUCUGUUUGUCUGUUAUUGGUGUAUAAGAACGCUUGUGAUUUUUGCACAUUGAUUUUGUAUCCUGAGACUUUGCUGAAGUUGCCUAUCAGCUUAAGGAGAUUUUGGGCCUGAGACGAUGGGGUUUUCUUGAUAUACAAUCUUGUCAUCUGCAAACAGGGACAAUUUGACUUCUCUUUUCCUAAUUGAAUAUGCUUUAUUUCUUUCUCCUGCCUGAUUGCCCUGGCCAGAACUUCCAAUACUGUGUUGAAUUGGAGUGGUGAGAGAGGGCAUCCCUGUCUUGUGCCAGUUUUCAAAGGGAAUGCUUCCCUUUUUUGCCCAUUCUGUAUGAUAUUGGCUGUGCGUUUGUCAUAGAUAGCUCUUAUUAUUUUAAGAUACGUCCCAUCAAUACCUAAUUUAUUGAGAGUUUUUAGUAUGAAGGUUGUUGAAUGUUCUCAAAGGCCUUUUCUGCAUCUAUUGAGAUAAUCAUAUCUUUUGUCAUUGGUUCUGUUUAGAUGCUGGAUUACGUUUAUUGAUUUUCAUAUGUUGAAACAGCCUUGCAUCCCAGGGAUGAAGCCCACUUGAUCAUGGUGGAUAAGCUUCUUGAUGUGCUGCUGGAUUCGGUUUGCCAGUAUUUUAUUGAGGAUUUUCACAUUGAUGUUCAUCAGGGAUAUUGGUCUAAAAUUCUCUUUUUUUGUUGUGUCUCUGCCAGGCUUUGGUAUCAGGAUGAUGCUGGCCUCAUAAAAUUUAGUUAGGGAGGAUUCCCUCUUUUUCUAUUGAUUGGAAUAGUUUCAGAAGGAAUGGUACCAGAUCCUCCUUGUACCUCUGGUAGAAUUCGGCUGUGAAUCCAUCUGGUCCUGGACUUUUUUUUGGUUGGUAAGCUAUUAAUUAUUGCCUCAAUUUCAGAGCCUGUUAUUGGUCUAUUCAGAUAUUCAACUUCUUCCUAGUUUAGUCUUGGGAGGGUGUAUGUGUUGAGGAAUUUAUCCAUUUCUUCUAGAUUUUCUAGUUUAUUUGCGUAGAGGUGUUUACAGUAUUCUCUGAUGGUAGUUUGUAUUUCUGUGGGAUCGGUGGUGAUAUCCCCUUUAUCAUUUUUUAUUGCAUCUAUUUGAUUCUUCUCUCUUUUCUUCUUUAUUAGUCUUGCUAGUGGUCUAUCAAUUUUGUUGAUCUUUUCAAAAAACCAGCUCCUGGAUUCAUUGAUUUUUUGAAGGGCUUUUUGUGUCUCUAUCUCCUUCAAUUCUGCUCUGAUCUUAGUUAUUUCUUGCCUUCUGCUAGCUUUUGAAUGUAUUUGCUCUUGGUUCUCUAGUUCUUUUAAUUGUGAUGUUAGGGUGUCAAUUUUAGAUCUUUCCUGCUUUCUCUUGUGGGCAUUUAGUGCUAUAAAUUUCCCUCUACACACUGCUUUGAAUGUGUCCCAGAGAUUCUGGUAUGUUCUGUCUUUGUUCUCACUGGUUUCAAAGAACAUCUUUAUUUCUGCCUUCAUUUCAUUAUGUACCCAGUAGUCAUUCAGGCGCAGGUUGUUCAGUUUCCAUGUAGUUGAGCGGUUUUGAGUGAGUUUCUUAAUCCUGAGUUCUAGUUUGAUUGCACUGUGGUCUGAGAGACAGUGUUAUAAUUUCUGUUCUUUUACAUUUGCUGAGGAGUGCUUUACUUCCAACUAUAUGGUCGAUUUUGGAAUAAGUGCAGUGUGGUGCUGAGAAGAAUGUAUAUUCUGUUGAUUUGGGGUGGAGAGUUCUGUAGAUGUCUAUUAGGUCUGCUUGGUGCAGGGCUGUGUUCAAUUCCUGGAUAUCCUUGUUAACUUUCUGUCUCGUUGAUCUGUCUAAUAUUGACAGUGGGGUGUUAAAGUCUCCCAUUAUUAUUGUGUGGGAGUCUAAGUCUCUUUCUAGGUCUCUAGGGACUUGCUUUAUGAAUCUGGGUGCUCCUGUAUUGGGUGCAUAUAUAUUUAGGAUAGUUAGUUAUUUUUGUUGAAUUGAUCCCUUUACCAUUAUGUAAUGACCUUCUUUGUCUCUUUUGAUCUUUGUUAGUUUAAAGUCUGUUUUAUCAGAGACUAGGAUUUCAACCCCUGCCUUUUUUUUGUUUUCCAUUUGCUUGGUAGAUCUUCCUCCAUCCCUUUAUUUUUAGCCUAUGUGUGCCUCUGCAGGUGAGAUGGGUUUCCUGAAUACAGCACAUUGAUGGGUCUUGACUCUUUAUCCAAUUUGCCAGUCUGUGUCUUUUAAUUGGAGUAUUUAGCCCAUUUACAUUUAAGGUUAAUAUUGUUAUGUGUGAAUUUGAUCCUGUCAUUAUGAUGUUAGCUGGUUAUUUUUCUUGUUAGUUGAUGCAGUUUCUUCCUAGCCUCAAUGGUCUUUACAAUUUGGCAUGUUUUUGCUGUGGCUGGUACCAGUUAUUCCUUUGCAUUUUUAGUGCUUCCUUCAGGAGCUCUUUUAGGGCAGGCCUGGUGGUGACAAAAUCUCUCAGCAUUUGCUUGUCUGUACAGUAUUUUAUCUCUCCUUCACUUAUGAAGCUUAGUUUGGCUGGAUAUGAAAUUCUAAAUUGAAAAUUCUUUUCUUUAAGAAUGUUGAAUAUUGGCCCCCACUCUCUUCUGGCUUGUAGAGUUUCUGCCGAGAGAUCAGCUGUUAGUCUGAUGGGCUUCCCUUUGUGGGUAACCUGACCUUUCUCUCUGGCUGCCCUUAACAUUUUUUCCUUCAUUUCAACUUCAGUGAGUCUGACAAUUAUGUGUCUUGGAGUUGCUCCUCUUGAGGAGUAUCUUUGUGGCGAUCUCUGUAUUUCCUGAAUUUGAAUGUUGGCCUUCCUUGCUAGAUUGGGGAAGUUCUCCUGGAUAAUAUCCUGCAGAGUGUUUUCCAACUUGGUUCCAUUCUCCCCAUCACUUUCAGGUACACCAAUCAGACGUAGAUUUGGUCUUUUCACAUAGUCCCAUAUUUCUUGGAGGCUUUGUUCGUUUCUUUUUAUUCUUUUUUCUCUAAACUUCUCGCUUCAUUUCAUUUAUUUCAUCUUCCAUCACUGAUACCCUUUCUUCCAGUUGAUUGAAUCAGGUACUGAGGCUUGUGCAUUCGUCAUGUAGUUCUCAUGCCUUGGUUUUCAGCUCCAUCAGGUCCCUUAAGGACUUCUCUGCAUUGAUUAUUCUAGUUAGCCAUUCGUCUAAUUGUUUUUCAAGGUUUUUAACUUCUUUGCCAUGGGUUCGAACUUCCUCCUUUAGUUCGGAGUAGUUUGAUCAUCUGAAGCCUUCUUGUCUCAACUCAUCAAAGUCAUUCUCUGUCCAGCUUUGUUCCAUUGCUGGUGAGGAGCUGCGUUCCUUUGGAGGGCUGAGGCACUCUGAUUUUUAGAGUUUCCAGUUUUUCUGCUCCGUUUUUUCCCCAUCUUUGUGGUUUUAUCUACCUUUGGUCUUUGAUGAUGGUGAUGUACAGAUGGGGUUUUGGUGUGGAUGUCCUUUCUGUUUGUUAGUUUUCCUUCUAACAGUCAGGACCCUCAGCUUCAGGUCUAUUGGAGUUUGCUGGAGGUCCACUCCAGACCCUCUUUGCCUGGGUAUCAGCAGCAGAAGCUGCAGAACAGCGGGUAUUGGUGAACAGCAGAUGUUGCUGCCUGAUCGUUCCUCUGGAAGUUUUGUCUCAGAGGAGUACCCAGCCAUGUGAGGUGUCAGUCUACCCCUACUGGGGGAUGCCUCCCAGUUAGGCUACUUGGGAGUCAGGGACGCACUUGAGGAGGCACUCUGUCUGUUCUCAGAUGUCCAGCUGCGUGCUGGGAGAACCAGUGCUCUCUUCAAGGCUGUCAGACAGGGACGUUUAAGUCUGCAGAGGAUUCUGCUGCCUUUUGUUUGGCUGUGCCCUGCCCCCCAGAGGUGGAGUCUACAGAGGCAGGCAGGCCUCCUUGAACUGCGGUGGGCUCCACCGAGUUCGAGUUUCCUGGCCGCUUUGUUUACCCCCUCAAGCCUCCGCAAUGGUGGGCGCCCCUCCCCCAGCCUCACUGCCACCUUGCAGUUUGAUCUCAGACUGCUGUGCUAGCAAUGAGUGAGGCUCUGUGGGUGUAGGACCCUCUGAGCCAGGUAUGGGAUAUAAUCUCCUGGUGUGCGAUUUGCUAAGACCAUUGGAAAAGCGUAGUAUUAGGGUGGGAAUGACCCAAUUUUCCAGGUGCCGUCUGUCACCCCUUUCUUUGACUAGGAAAGGGAAUUCCCUGACCCCUUGUGCUUCCCGGGUGAGGCAGUGCCUCGCCCUGUUUCAGCUCAUGCUUGGUGCGCUGCACCCACUGUCUUGCAGCCACUUUCCAACACUCCCUAGUGAGAUGAACCCGGUACCUCAGUUGGAAAUGCAGAAAUCACCCGUCUUCUGCGUCGCUCACGCUGGGAGCUGUAGACUGGAGCUGUUCCUAUUCGGCCAUCUUGGCUCCGCCUGUCGAGAUAUUUUACAUUAACUUUCUAUGACAUACUUAUAGCAAAACUUAUUUUUUCAUGCAGAAUAGUCUAUAUUCUAUAUUUAUUGUAAAGCAUAUACCGUACAUGGUGACUAGUCACCAUGCUGUACAAUAAAUUUUCUGAACUUA